AUGUCCGCAAUGCAAUUCGAGAAGCUCACCCCACCGAAGCGAUUUAUCACGACGCACAGAGACGAUGGCAAAGCCGUGUUCGAGGAGCGAUUCGGCGAGGAGACCGAGAUGCUGACUAUGCCCGAUGGCAUCGCGUUCGGCCUCGACUGGACCGCAAAGGGCAUCCCCAUCAGCAUGGAGAAAGACGAGGACCUCGAAGUGUACAGCGGCUACUUGAAGAACCCGCCGGGCCUGACCAUCUCAGGCGGCAACGUCCUGCGCCAUGUGGAUAUCCCGCCGAGCAUGGAGUGCACCAUGCACCGUACCGUGAGCUUGGACUAUGGCAUUGUGUUGGAGGGGCAGGUCGAUCUGUUGCUCGAUAGCGGCGAGCAGCGCACGAUGAAGGUCGGCGACGUCGCGAUUCAGCGCGGGACGAUGCACCAGUGGAUCAACAGGGACAAGACGAAGUACUGCCGCAUGCUGUUCGUGCUGGUCGACAGCAAGCCGCUUGUCAUUGCGGGGAAGAAGCUGGGCGAGGAGCUGGACGAGAUGCCGGGCGUGAAGUCAUCGGAAUAG